AUGAUAAAGUCAUUAAUUCCUAAGAUAGGAACUCAAGCAAAAUUUUUAUCAAAUUUAAAUGAACUUAAAAGUCAUGGUGAUAUUAACAUUCCUUAUGAAUUCAACCAGGGUGCCCAAAAUCAAAUUGAUAUCCAUCAGCAAUUGAUUGAUAUUGAUAAUAUUGAUGAAAUACAAGUUCUAGAUUUAAAUACUAUUAAUAUUAUAAACCAAGGAACAAAACAUAAUGAUAUAACAAAUGGUGUAACACAAAUUAACAGUCACUUGAACCAUCAGGCACUUCAGACUGAAUCGCAACAUUCGCAACACAUAAAACAAAUUUUGGAAUGA